GCGUGCAACAAGCGGAGGGAUGGAGGCGGCGGCUGAGCCUGGAAACCUGGCUGGUGUCCGGCACAUCAUCCUCAUCCUCUCGGGAAAGGGGGGGGUCGGGAAAAGCACCAUCUCCACAGAGCUGGCCCUGGCUCUGCGUCACGAGGGCAAGAAGGUGGGGAUCCUCGACGUGGACCUGUGUGGCCCCAGCAUCCCCCGCAUGCUCCAGGCACAGGGCAGGGCUGUGCACCAAUGUGAUAGUGGCUGGGUGCCUGUCUUCGUGGACAAGGAGCAAAAUGUCUCCCUCAUGUCUGUGGGCUUCCUGCUGGAGAAGCCGGAUGAGGCUGUGGUGUGGAGAGGCCCCAAGAAGAACGCUCUGAUAAAGCAGUUUGUGUCUGACGUGGCCUGGGGGCAGCUGGACUACCUGGUUGUGGACACGCCCCCAGGGACCUCUGAUGAGCACAUGGCUGCCGUUGACGCGCUCCGUCCCUACAGCCCCCUGGGGGCCAUCGUGGUCACUACGCCCCAGGCGGUGUCUGUGGGGGAUGUGAGGCGGGAGCUGACCUUCUGUAGGAAGACAGGGUUGCGGGUGAUCGGCAUUGUGGAGAACAUGAGCGGCCUUGUCUGUCCACACUGCAUGGAGUGCACCAACGUCUUCUCCCGGGGAGGCGGCGAGGAGCUGGCCAGACACGCUGGAGUCCCCUUCCUAGGCUCUGUGCCCUUGGACCCCGAGCUCUCGAGGAGCCUGGAGGAGGGCCGAGACUUCAUCCAAGAGUUUCCCCAGAGCCCUGCCUUUCACGCACUCUGCUCCAUAGCCCAGAAGGUUUUGAAGGAGACACCGGUUCAGCUCUCCUGACCAAGGCAUCUCCUUCUGGAGCCACUGUGGGGCUUGAGCUCACAGAUUCAAGCAGAGGUCCUGGCUGUGGUUCCAGGAGCCUGCAGGUCUGGCCUGUGGGGCUGUCACUGUGUCCACCUCUCCCUCCCGGGCCCUUUAGAGACGUUUCAUGCUUUAACAGCAUCUGGGCACCAGAGCCGUUGACAAUGAGUGGUUCUGCUGGCUUGGUCUGUGGCAGGCCCUGGGGAUGGCUUGGGGUCCUAGUGCCAUAGCCUGAGCUCUGGUGCCUGCACGUGACUUUGUGCCAUGGUGCUCACAUGUCCCAGCCAGGCCGCUCCUGAUGCCCACGUCUCCACAUUGUCCACAAUGCUUGUGGGUCUGGAAACUGGCUGGGGGCCUUUGUCGUCCUCAAGUGCCUGGCUGCUGGCCAGGCCAUAAGUGAUUGUGGUCAUGGAAGGGUGCACCCUGUAAGAUUAACUUGGGAGGCGCCCACAAUUAAAUGUGUCCUACCACUACAGUUAUAAGUGUGACA